CAGCGGAGAGUCUGAUAGCUUCUUGAGGUUCAGAGAUCACACAAACAGUCGGUCAUGUGCUCUCGUUGGAACGACUAGCUCGAUUUAGUGCUAAGUGAGGGGUUGAAAUCAAGUUCAUUUUGGGUGACUUUGAGCAUCAAGUAUGGCUGACUCAGACUCGUCGAGUCCACGUGUGGAAUAUGGAUCUCGAGGAGGAGUCAAUGGCGAAGAGAGGAAAAUGGAACCCCCACGAGAUCCAUAUAAUAUGGUGUAUAUCAUAUUCUACUGGCUGGGCAUGGGCUCGUUACUUCCGUGGAACUUUUUCAUCUCUGUGACUGGUUAUUGGAUGUACAAAUUCCGGGAUGUGACCGAUGUGGAGCCCCACCAUCAUGCUUCCAACUUCACCCGGGCCCAUGGAAACGAAACCAACCCCCUAUCACCCCUGCAACUGAAAUGGAAUUCGUAUCUCUCAAUUGCGGCCGUCAUUCCCAAUGUGAUCUUUGUUCUCCUGAACGCCAUUUUGGGGCAUCGAUUCCGAACUCAACCGAGAAUUAUGUUCGCCAUUGUGACUAUCAUGAUCACGUUCAUAUUCACCGAUGCCCUCACUGUGGUCGACACGGAUCCUUGGCAACACGAAUUUCUCAUCCUCACGUUGAUCAUGGUGGUCAUAAUCAACAUCAUGGUAGCUAUAUUCCAGGGUGGUCUGGCCGGUCUGGCAGCCCAAUUUCCCCCGGAGUACAUGGGUUCCGUUUGCCAAGGGCAAGCGUUAGGCGGGAUUUUUGCCUCAGGAACCAAUGUUUUGACCCUUGUCUUGGGAAGUAACGGCGAGGAGUCAGCGUUGUGGUGUUUUUUGGUCACGAUCAUAUUCCUGGGCACGUCCUUUGCCGCAUUCAUUGUUCUUACACGCACGGCAUUUUUCAAGUUUUAUGUCAAAGAUGGCCCUCAGAGUGAAUCCGAUGAAAGCACCCCACUGAUAACUCCAGAUCAUAUGGAUGUCCGAGAAGCUACCACGAGAGUUUGUGUCAUCCAUGUUUUCAAGCAGAUCUGGGUCUGGACUUUGGCCGUAUUCCUUUCGUUUGCCGCAACCCUGAGUGUUUUCCCUGCCGUAACGGCCCUGACACUGAGCACAGGAUACAAUGACGGAGGUCGUUGGAGUACGGAAUACUUCAUACCAGUCACCUGCUUUGUAUUUUUCAACGUGGGUGAUUAUGUCGGCCGAAUUCUGGCGGGUGUAGUCCAAUGGCCCAAGGCAACCCAAUCGGGUAGUUGGUCUGUGAUGUGCAUGUCUUUGGCCAGAAUGGCUUUCAUCCCAUUGUUCCUCUUCUGCAAUGCCAGUCCGUCCAAUCGCGUUUAUACACCGGUGCUCUUCCACUCAGAUAUUGCUUUCAUCGUUUUGGUCAUUCUCUUCUCCAUAUCCAAUGGAUAUGUUGGCAAUAUUGCCAUGAUGUACGCGCCCAAAGUUCUGACCGAUAGCCAAUCUCAAUCCACAGCAGCAUCCAUCAUGGUUUCAGCCUUGGUCAUUGGCCUAGGUUGUGGGUCCCUUAUGAGCACAGUUUGGGUGGCCUUACUUUAGAUCUGUGAAAAUGAUCCAGCAUGGAGACUGGUGAUGAGUGUUGUAACCAAGUGGGGUACCUGAAACUAGAGAAAUAGCUCCGUAGUGGCAUCCAAAUUCAUUUUUAAAAGUUUCCAUUGAGCUUCCGACAAAAUUUAGAUUUCGCCAAUAAAAACGAAAACAUGUCGUCCAUUCCAAAGUGG